GGAAAUUCUGUUGUUUACACAUGUGUCUGUAACACUGAGAAGCAAGAGGAGCCUAGCAAACCCAGAGGGAGUGAAAUUAGAUUAUGAAUGAAAACAUGAAUUUAGGCUCCGUUCAGAAACUAAUGGAAGAGACGCAGGGUUUUGGUACCCAACCAAGACAAUCUUAUAAGUUAGCUGGAGGCUGCCAGCCAGGUGGCCAUCUGUGUAAUUCAAAUCUGCCAUCUCAAAGUUUCUACCCAUGUUCAUCUCAUUAUCCAUAUAUGUCUACGAAUUACAGCAGCGAUUGGGAAAUUUUGGAAGCAGUAAGAAUUCGGGAAUUGGAAGAAGUCAAAGCCAGAGCUGCCCAAAUGGAGAAGACCAUGCGCUGGUGGUCAGAUUGUACUGCUAACUGGAGGGAGAAAUGGAGCAAAGUUAGAGCAGAAAGAAAUAAAGCCCGAGAGGAAGCAAGACAACUGAGAAUAAAAUUAGACAGUGUUGUAAAAGAACUGAGCAUGCUUAAAAAAAUAAAUCAAGAUUUAGUAAGUGAGAAGGAAAACUUAGAAAGUGUAACUGCUUGGAAAACAGAAUUCACUUGCUCAGAAGUAUCUUGUAUUAAAAAAGACCUAAGCCCAUUAACAUUUCUGGAAGGACAACCUGUGAAACAACUGAGAAAAACAAACAAGAUUCCUGAGGCAGAAGACACAAUGAAGGAUAUAGAAGUAAUCAAAGACCAAAGCAAUCACAAUAAAAAAAUAAUUCCAAAGUUUCCUGAUUCCUUUCCCAAUGGAGUUCCCAGUGUCUAUUUGGAGGAACCUAAAAAAAGUUUGGACAAUACAGCUAAGACAACAGAGAAUGAUUUAAUACAUGUUUCCAUGUCACAUUUGCAUUUGGCUGAGAUGCAGAAAAUCUUACAGAAGGAAAGACAAAUGAACAUGUUUCUGGAAAAAGAAAUGGAAAAGAUAGAAAAUGAAUUAUUUGUUUGGAAAUGGAAAUAUGAAGAACUGAGACAAACCAAGCUGGGAAGCCUGAAACAGCAGGAACGAGUGCAGUUUGAGAAUGCCUCUGAAUGGGGAAAGAGAGAGAUACUUGAAGCAGAAAAGCAAACUUUGGAAGGAGAGAACAGAAGAUUGGAGUUGCAGGUAAAAGAAAUUCAGGGACUUCUGGAGACGAAAAACAAAGCAACACUAACUAAAUCGAGCUGUGAUCACCAAAAUGCACAAAGUAAGCUGCUGGUUAAAAAUAAGAGUAAAAAGACAGAAGAAGAACUCAGGAUUUGGGACCAGACAAAGUUCCUGGUAUGUUGCUGGAGAUUCUACCAAGACAAUGAGUGAAGAUGCGGGAGAUGAGCAAACAGCCCUGCAGCAACAAGGCUAACAGUAAAAAGGAGGGACAAAGAACUUACACUCUUCAUAAAGACUUACAGGAAAAUUUGAAGAAAUGCAUGCCAGACAUAUAUGGGAACACUGUGUGCAUUGUUUCUAUGUAUUCCAGAUUUUUUAACAAGAACCAAGGAAAAUACGCUCAUGUCAGCGUGUACAAACUUAGAAUUUUUGUUGGCAAUUGUCUAUCUUCCUUUUCCAAUUGUCUUAAUUGCUCUCAUCUAAAGCAAAGAGUGGACUUUUAUUAACAUUUUCCAGAGUUUCUCUUUGGGAAAAAAUACUUUAGAAUGCACAUGACAUAUGAGAGAGAUUCACAUUUAGUCCUGGGAAGAGUGUGUCUGAAAUGGAAGUCAGUGGUUUGUUUCUUUACUUUGCUU